CUAGCGUGUUGAUGUUUACCGGUGGCUGACAUUUUGUUUUUAACUAGUUUACGAUUGUUUUGUAAAUAAAGUAAUUUUUAAAUCAUGGCUGCUACACAUAUCACACCAUUUUUAAUAUUAAACUUAGGUUCGGAAAUGAUUUACGUAUUUGCACAACGAUUAGAUGCUCAAAAAAUUGAAAAAGAAAAAGCCACUGUUGUUCUUGAUGAAAUUAUAUCAACAUUUCUCGCGAAAAAAAUCAUAUCAGAAUUAUUUCAACCACGACCGCCAUUUACUCACAUGGCUGUACGACAAUUAAUGGAAAAUAUAGCACAUUCAUCACUAAUGCAACUGGAUCAAUAUAGUAUGGAUCGUUUAUGGGAUCUGGUUACAAUGAUCUAUAAAUGGCAGACAACAAUCUCCGAUGAUAUAAUUACUGUAACACGUAAACAUUUAUCGGAAUUAUAUCCAUUAAUUGCAAAUCCAGCAACACUGUUAUUAUUGGAAAAAGCACAGAUACAGUUCGAUGAAUAUGUUAAAUAUUUCCAAUACGAAGAUUUAUGUAAAAUACGUAAAUGUAUAUUAGUUUGGUUGCAACAAUUUAAUGUACGUGUUUCGAUUCUGCUCAAAUUAGGAUUACAAAAUCAAGAUGGAUCGUUUGUACAUGAAGGACAUUUUGAUGAUACUCAAACAACAUUAUUGCGUAAUUUAGGCACAAAUAUUUAUACAGUACAAAAACAAAAUGCAAAUAAUUGUAUAAAAGAAGAGAUAAAUAUGUUUGCCAAUCAAAUAUUGGGUGAGACAAAAGUCAAUCAUAAUUUUAUCAAUUUAAAUUUCUUACCACAAUCUUCAAAAACUUCCACUUCAGCUGAAACAUCAUUGAAUCGUUCAUCAAUUGAAAAUAAAGCAUUUCUAAAUAUUGACUGUGCUAGUCAUAACACAAAAUUACAAGAGAUUUUUAAGGAAAUGUCCUUGAAAGAGGAAACUGAAGGUAUUACAUCGAGAAUUAAUAAUAGGGCCAGUGAUGAUAAUUUUACUGAUGAAUUAUUAAAUUUA